AUGGCAGCGUUGUUCAAGCUUCCCUCGCUAAAAAAGAAAGAAAAAAAGAGUUCGAUGCUCCCAACCUUUAACUGGGCGACUUUUCAAAAAGAGAAAAAAAUUGGCAGUGGAACUUUUGGCUCAGUUUACAUGGGAAAAUGCGUUGACCGGGAUGAAAAGGUCGUAGUGAAAAAAGUAAAAAGCGAUUCGUAUGAUUCCAAAGCUCUUUGUCGAAAAGCAGCAGCAUUGCUAAAUGAAACCCAAGGUCAUCGAAAUAUCAUCAAAUUUCUAGGUUUUUGCGAUGAACCAUAUGCCAUUAUGAUGGAACACUCAAACUUUGAUUUUCAACCAUUUGGUAUGGAAAAAACAGUUAGCAAUUUGGAAGACUUUUUUCAUUUUGUCGAUGAGGAAUAUGAAUUUCAUUCGUUCGCCGACGUCAUGCCUACUUGUGCCAAAGAUAUCAUUGCUGGAUUACAACAUCUGCACGACAUGGAUAUUGCCCAUCGCGACCUUAAACCAGGGAAUGUUUUAGUGUCAAAUCAACAUUAUAUUGGCUGCUGUAAUAGUGAGAUCGAUUUUGCCAACGCCUACGGCAAAUGCCCUAUUGUAUGCAAACUUGCUGAUUUUGGUUUGAGUCGGUCUCUCGAUCUUCAAACAAAAUCGUUUUUGAUGUCAAAAACGGUAUCAGUUUGUCGUGGCACACUAGCGUUCAUGGCGCCAGAAAUCCAUCUACAGCACUUUUUUCAAGCCGGCCAGGAAGAACUCAAAAAUGCUGAUAUCUGGUCUUUGGGCAUGCUAAUGUACACCUUGAUCCAAACCUCAGUGGUCCUUAUCGAAAUGAAUUUGAACAGCUCGGUGUAA